AUGGUAAAUGAAUUUUCUGCAACUUAUAAUAAUUUUUAUACUCAUCGGCAAAGCGGUUGGAGUGACGAGAAUGUGUUGGAGAAUGCACUGAAUAUGUGGAAAGCCAACAACAAUAACAAGGAUUUUAAAUAUAUGCAUGUGUGGAGGGUUCUCAAAGACUACGAGAAAUAUAUUCCACAAUCAGUUGCUCGUUACUCUAACAAGAAGACAAGGACAUCUGAGUCAGGAGGAAACACUUCAACAUCAAAUCCAGAUACAAGUGUUGAUUUAGAUGACUCUAAAGUCUGCAUUCGUCCGAUAGGACAAAAGGCAGCGAAGAGGAAGGGCAAAUCUAAAGCCAGAGAGGACGAUAUAAUGGAACAUAACAUCGACAAAGAAUGGCAAGAUAUUAAAGAAUAUCAAAUACAAAAAAUGGCUCUGCGAGAAGCCGAGAUCUUUCAUAAGGAUUAUGAAAUUCUUAUGAAGGAUAUCAAUGAGAUGACACCAGGACAACUUUAUUUACAUGAGAAAAUGGUGGAAAAAAUUAAACAGAGACAUGGCCUAGUGUAA